GUAACUGAACACUUAAAAAAUAAAUUCAUACAAACAGACGCCUAAUUUUCUGAAUGUAUCACUUGAAUUACUAUGAUAAAGUCAAGGAAAAAAUAUGAUGUUUGAUUUAACCUUUUUUAUAUAUAAAAAAAAUGGUUACUUGCAGAAAAUAACUUCGCCUGAAGUCUGAAGGCCCGCCAAUACAGUCAUGAAUUCCUCAAAUUCAAGCGGUGCAAAAGGAAGCGACUCCACAGAGAUUUUUGCCAAUACAAGCAAGUUUCUCAUAACAAUCGUUUAUGCCACAACCAUCGCUUGCGGUUUGGCGGGAAAUGGUUUUGGCCUGUACCUGGCGUUGAGAAAAAAGGCGGGGAAUCGUGCCGCAAACAUGCUAAUUGCCAAUAUGGCGCUUGCAGACCUUCUGGUUACAGUAUUUGCCAUGCCUUAUAUGGUAAUAUACAUUCAUGCUGGAGUGAAAUGGAUUGGGGGAGUGAUUGGACAAGUCACUUGCAAAUUUGUCCAUUUCUCCUAUCAAAUAUCGAUACCUGCCUCAAUUUUCACAGUCUUGUUGGUCUCGCUCGAUCGCUUUUAUGCCAUCUGCUAUCCGAUGAGAGGACACGUCUUUCGAAAAGUCAAGUUUAUGACAGCUGUCAUCUGGAUGAGUUCUGCAGGAUACGCCGUUCCAUUUAUGAUGGCAAAUGAUAUUUACAUCAAAAAUAAUACUCAUUACUGCGUGCGAUCCUUUGCACCAUUUGACAAUCACAGCUCGCCACAAAUGUACUAUUUAAUGACUUUCAUUGUACUCUACUGUAUCCCCCUUGUAAUUCUAGCGGUCCUUUACACCCUCAUUGCAAGAAAACUCUGGCAAAGAAAAAUUCCUGGUAACGUGAGCAAAGCCAGGUUCAGGUCAACAGAGAGGGAGAAGCGCAGAAUUGUCAAAGCUUUAGUUUUUAUCGUUGUGGUUUUUGCCAUCUGCUGGUUUCCUGCUCAUGUGAUGCACUACUUAGUGUUCUUUCGCACAGACAUAUAUAGUAAAAUCCCACCGGAAGUAGAGGUGUUUUUCUUCUGGUUCGCUCAUGCAAACAGUGUUAUAAAUCCAUGUUUGUAUACGCUGAUAUCUCCAAGCUAUCGCAACCGUUUUCGGAGAAGUUUCCAGCGUCUCUUUGGUUGUAGUAAGUUUUGUUGCCAUCUUGGUAAAUUUCAUUCCUAUAGAAGAAGAAGCAUCGGCAUGCUGACACUGAAUCGAUCAUUCGAUAAUUGUAACUCCAUGGUUGUCGGCUUUUCUUUCAAAAGUAAUAUUACACUUUCUUCUCAGUUAUAAUUAAAACUAAAGGUUU